AAACCCUAUACUGUUCUCCAGAAGCAUUCCCCGGGUUCGCUCCACCUGCUCCCAACCCGCUUCGGUCGACUUCCUUUCCUGUACGGAUAUGUGCACCUUUUCCAAGAUGGCCGCGCCCACUAUAAAGUUGGGCUGCUUCGCACCUACCAGCGGCAAAGCACAGGCGGACAUCUUUGGGCUUGGUGCGCCUUGCUGAAGGGGAUGGAACCCUGGUCACGCAUAGACGGGCACGCACAUCCCCAUUUGGGGCGCUAAUGAUUGACGUAACGCGGACAAGAAACGUUUUCUUCGGCAGGAAAAGAGAUUGUACGGACGGCCUUCCAAGAUGGCGGCUCCCGCAUAAAUCCGCUAACAGGGUGCCGCCAUACUCUCUCAUAGUGUCUUUUGUCUAAAGGACCCGAAAGCUGAACCGAAUCUUCGUCUGUGGACGGACACCCCGGGGUGGUGGUUGGCAGCCUGCAGGCUCGGGUGCUGCAGAGGUUAAACUUGACCAGUGAGGUGGAACAGCAGGGUUUCUUGAGUCUGAAGCGGAAGUGAUGGACCGUGGCUCUUUCUACCCAUCCAGCUGGUCCUGGCUUCCUGGGAUAAAAUAGUUCCUAUGAGGAAAGAAAGUGAAAGUACCAAGAUCAACACUAUAUCCUUGACCAGAGACCUUGAACUAGAGCUUCAGAGAAGAGCCCAGAAUCAACAACAGAGCAGAUAUUAGAGUUUCUGGCUGUGUCCAAGGGCUCCAGAAAAUGUUCAAGUCCCAAGGGUCACUGUCAUUCAAGGAUGUGGCUGUGGUUUUCACCCAGGAGGAGUGGCAGCUCCUGGACCCCGUUCAGAAGAACCUGUAUCAAGAUGUGAUGUUGGAAAAUUAUAGCAACCUAGUAUCAGUGGGGUAUCAAGUUACCAAAGCAGAUGCAUUCUACCAGAUGGAGCAAGGAACGCCAUGGAUAAUAGAGGAAGAAAUCCAGAGUCAGAUUCAUCCAGACAACACCUGGCAAGUUAAUAAUCAGAUAGACUGGCACCAAGAAAACCAAGGCAACCCUGAAACUCUGGGGAGUCACCACAAAAAUAAUGCAUUUGGAAAAACAUCUUCUCUGAGCUUAAACCUUGAUGUGCCUUUAGCACAAAGAUCUCAUACCUUUGACACACUUGGGAAACAUUUGAAACCUAAUCUUGAGUACAUUACUCAGAAUAGAAGCUAUGAAAGAAAUGAAGUUGAACUUAAUGGAUAUAAAAAAUUAUUUCUUUAUACUAGGCAUGAGAAAAUUUAUACCACAGAAAAAUACAAUGCAUAUAAUGAAUGUGUAAAGGCUUUCAGACAUAAGCCACAGCUUAUUAAACAUUGGAAAACUCAGACAGAAGAGAAACACUAUAACUGCAGUGACUGUGGGAAAGCCUUUUCCCAGAAGUCAGACCUCAUUAAGCAUCAGAGAACACACACGGGAGAGAAACCCUAUGGUUGCAGUAGAUGUCAGAAAACCUUCAGCCGAAAAUCCCACCUCAUUUUACACCAGAGAACCCAUACAGGAGAGAAACCUUAUGAAUGUAAUAAAUGUGGGAAAGCCUUUACUGAUAAGUCAUGCCUUAAUAAGCAUCAGAGAACUCACACAGGAGAGAAACGGUUUGAGUGUCGCAUAUGUCAGAAGGGCUUCAGUGAUAAGUCACAACUCACUUUACAUCAAAGAACUCAUACAGGAGAGAAACCCUACAGUUGUGGAGAAUGUCCGAAAAGCUUCAGCAACAAGUCACAGCUCAUUAUUCAUCAGAGAUCUCACACGGGAGAGAAACCCUAUGGUUGUGAUGAAUGUGGGAAAACCUUCCCCCUUAAGUUUAGCCUCAUUUUACAUCAAAAGACUCAUACAGGGGAAAAACCCUAUGGAUGCAAGGAAUGUGGGAAAGCCUUCAUCCAGAGAUCUGAGCUCAUUAGACAUCAGAGAACUCACACAGGAGAGAAACCUUAUAACUGCAGUGAAUGUGGGAAAGGCUUUAGUGUAAAGUCACUCCUCAAUACUCACUGGAGAACUCAUACAGGAGAGAAACCCUAUGGAUGCAGUGAAUGUGGGAAAACGUUCUCCAUCAAGUUUAGUCUCAUCCUACACCAAAGAACUCAUACAGGUGAGAAACCCUAUGAAUGCAGUCAGUGUCAGAAAGCUUUCACCCAAAAGUCACACCUCACUAUUCAUCAGAGGUCUCACACUGGAGAGAAACCUUAUGAAUGCAGUGAAUGCCACAAAGCCUUCAGCCGGAAGUCAUAUCUCCUUAUUCACCGGAGAAUUCACUCGGGAGAGAAACCUUAUGAAUGCCUCGAAUGUGGGAAAACUUUCUCUCACAAGUUUAGCCUCAUUAUUCAUCGGAGAAUCCAUACAGGAGAGAAACCCUAUGGAUGCAGUGAAUGUGGGAAAACUUUUCCUAUCAAGUUUAGCCUCGUUUUACAUCAGAAGACACACACCGGAGAGAAACCCCAUGAAUGCAGCGAAUGUCAGAAAUCUUUCACCCAGAAGUCACAUCUUAUUAUACAUCAAAGAACUCACACAGGUGAGAAACCUUAUGGAUGCAAGAGAACCCAUGAGUGUAUUGAAUGUGGGAAAGCCUUCCUCAAGAAGUCUCGGCUCACCGAACAUAAGAGAAUCCAUACAGGAAAGAAACCCCAUGGAUGUAGUGUAUGUGGAAAAUCUUUCUCCAAGAAGUUCAAGCUCACUGAACAUCAGCGAACUCACAAAGGAGAGAAACCCUAUGAGUGCAAUGAAUGUGGGAAAGCCUUCCUCAGGAAAUUUCAGCUCACUGAACAUAAGAAGACUCAUACAGGAAAUAAACCCCAUGUAUGCAGUAUAUGUGGGAAAGCAUUCUCCAGAAGGUUCAAGCUAACUGAACACCAGAGAACUCAUACAGGAGAGAAACCUUAUGAAUGUACUGAAUGUGGCAAAGCCUUCUGCAGGAAGGCAGAGCUCAUUAUACAUCAGAGAAAUGAAAGAGGAGAAAAACCCCAUGGAUGCAGUGAAUGUGGGAAAGGUUUCUCCAGAAAAUCACAGCUCAUUCUACAUCAGAAAACUCAUACAGGAGAGAAACCUUAUAUAUGCAGUGAAUGUGGAAAAGGUUUCAUUCAGAAGGGUAAUCUCCUUAUCCAUCAACGAACUCACACUGGAGAGAAACCCUAUAGAUGCACUGAAUGUGGUAAGGCCUUCAGCCAGAAGGCCUGUCUCAUAGCACAUCAGCGAUUUCAUACAGGAAAGACUCCCUUUGUAUGUACUGAAUGUGGAAAAUCUUGUUCACAAAAAUCAGGACUCAUCAAACAUCAGAGAAUUCACACAGGAGAGAAACCCUAUGAAUGCAGUCACUGUGGGAAAGCCUUCACCACAAAAACAAUGCUCAUUGUACAUCAAAGAACACAUACAGGAGAGAAACCCUAUGGAUGCAACGAGUGUGGGAAAGCUUUCUCCCACAUGUCAUGCCUUGUUAAACAUAAGAGAAUACACACAAGAGAGAAAUGUAUAGAUUCAGUGAAGGUGGAAUAUCUUUCCAGAAAGGGUCACAGCUUAUUAGAUACUGGUGAACUCAUGCAUGGGAAAAACCCUGUUAAUACGGUGACUGUGCAAAUGCCUUCUGUGAUCCCACAGACAUCAUUAAACAUCAGUGGGUUCCUAGCAGAUAGGAAUGUAGUCAUUGUGGGACAGCCAGUUGCCAGAUGUGCACCCUCAGGGGAUAACAGAAGGUUUGCACAGGAGAGAAACCUUAGGAAUGCAGUGAAUGUGGUCAUGCCUUCAGUGGUCAAUUAUGUCUUAUUUUAUGUCACAAAAAACACAUAGGAAAAAACUGGUACAUUCAACUUGAAAAAGUCUUCAGCAAUAAUGUCUAGCUGAUUAUAUGGUUAUGUAUAAACAGAAAGUUUCUGAAUGCAGAGGCUAGGAAAGCUAUUUUUUUUGGAAAUUAGACCCUAUCCAGCAUCAGUGAUCAUGAUAGAUCAUCAGUGAGCUCCUGGUGGGUAGAAAUAUAACGAUAGUGGGAAACUCUUUGGCCUCAAUAUAUGUCAGUACAUAAUAGAGAGAAUAUUAGAAGGCAGUGAGUGGUACAUUUUGCCUGCUCCAUUAGCAGAUGCAAUCAUAUGAAAUAAAACACUGAACACACUAAUUGUGGAAUACCUUUAACAAAAUAUUAAAGUUCUUGUGAAGCAAAGAAGGCCUGUGAAAAUAAGGAAUGUUUGAUAGCUUUAUGUACCAUUUCCAACUGCAUUAUACAUCACGUAAUACACCUGAUGUACAUUUUUGGACAGGAUACCUUGAACCAUAUUCCUAGUUACUGUGUUAAUGACUCCAUAAUUCAAGGGAGAUAGUCUCUGCCCCACAUCAGUGGUUAUCACAUUAUAUUCACUUCUCCCAUUUGUAUAUUCUUUUUCUUUCUUUCCUUUAUUUUUUUUUAAAUUCAAUGCCCACCCAAUAUCAGAUGAUGGUUAGCUGUUGCAUUUCUUUGGCUCUAAAUUUAUUUAAAUAUUAUUUCAGACAACUGAAGUCCUUCAAAAAGGAAAUGACUAUAUUAAAUUAAUAAAUGUAACAACAUCCUUGGAUGAGUUUAACUUUAAUUUAUAAAUAAGACCAGGCAUUAUACAAUGUUACCAUGUGACUUUAAAAUUUUUCUAGAUUUGAAAAAGUAGAGAAAUCAGGUUUGUAAAAUGAACUGAAGACCCAAGGACAAUUAAUUAUUCAAACCUAUAAAUUAAAUAACAAAAUACGUUCCAACACAGCUCUUGGUGAUUUUUUUGAAAACAUGAAAAGAGAAAGUUAUAAGGCAAUUUGAACACAAAUUAAGAUGACUCUUCUUGCUUUCAUCCUAGCUCUCCCCCUUCCCUGAUGAUUCAAAUUAUUAUUCUCAGAAUCUUGGGAACAUGAAGUUCUAAACUCCUGGAUAACUAAUCAGCUGCACUCUUCCUUGUGGUAGUGGAACUACCUGGAACUACCUUCCAGGAGGUAGUUCCCUGUCUAAACUCUACCCUUUGCCUCAUUGAUGGAACCACCCCAACAUUCUUCCUGACAUUUAUUCUCAUUUCCUCUCAACUUGGGGACUUGGAGGAAGUAUGGGGAGUAUAGGAGGAGGAGAAAAGUAGAUCUUCAUAGGAGAAUUAACCCUGGCUUGGUAUCUCAGAUUCCACAGAGCUGAAGAGACUGAACAGGAUCAGGAGUAGGUAAAAGAGCUCUGGAAGAUGGGGCUCAACCUAGUUCCAGACUGGAAUACUACAAGCCUUUGACCAAUCUGGCAAAUAUUUUCAGAAUCUGAUCUGUAUAAUCAGAUACAAUCAUAUGCAACAUAUGAACUGUAGUCAGGGGUAAGGUCAGUAAGGGUGGCACAAAACUGAUAUAGCAUAAAGUUCAGACCAAGUCUACUGCUGGAAAACGGAUUUGAGGAAGGGCAUGAAGCCAGGUCUCUUAGGGAGAAAUUAAGAGUGGAGGCCAGUCAGUAGAUGAGGUAUCUUAAUGACAUUGUAAACGGUGAUUUUUAAAAAUCAAUGCACAAUGUAAAAACCAUUAGAAUCAUUUGAAGAGAAUAUCUCAAUUUUUUUCUUAAAGAUUUUAAUAUGGAAUAUAUAAAGAUCUUGGGUCAUGUAUAAACAUUACUCACUGUAUCAGUCUCAAUACAAAGCAUAUGACAACAAAUAUCAAAUUUCUGAGUUUAUGCUCAAGUACAAGGUCUUGAGUGUAAGUAAUAGACUAAGACUGUAAACUUCAUGAGGGUAUGGAACUUCUGUUAACCCCUGUAUAUCAGAUAUCUAGAAGAUUGCCAGGCAUGUGUAAAAGCAGGAAAGUGAGAACAAUGUUGAGGAGAAAAAACAAUCAAUCAAAAUUGACAUCAAUGCUAGACUGAACAAACAAGGACAUUAUAACUAUAAACAGUCAUAACUGCAUUUCAUUAGAUCAAAAAGGUAGAGGAAUGCUUAACAUGUUAAUAAUAACAAUGUGUUGUGGGGUUUAUAAGGUACGCAAUACAUUUUACUUCUUCAUAUCAUAUAAACCCUCCCACAAUAUUUUCAUUCACUCUCUUGAUCAGAGAGUGGAGGGCAAUUUGAGGUUUCCACUUGGCGUUCCUCACAAUGGUACCUCUUACCUCAUUGGCCAAGAGCUCAAGGCUUUUCUCUUUUUAAUAAAUGCUUUUACUAGAUUUUGUUCUCUUGUUCUUGAGUUUGUAUAGUUUCUUUUGCCUUGUCAUCAACUUCACUGAUCUUUUCUUUUGUAAAUUAGGCUAUAAUACUGUUCAUACUUGUUAAAUCUUUUUUCCCCCCUGUGUUUCAUUUUGGAUAGUUUUUAUUGCUGUCUUCAAGUUCACUGAUCUUUUCUUCUGCAAUGUCUAAUCUGCCAUUAAUCCCAUCCAGUGUAUGUUUUAUCUCAGAAACUGUAGUUUUUAUCUCUAGAAAUUUGACAGGCCUUUCUUUUUAUCUUUCAUAUCUCUGUUUAACAUGGUUUACUUUUAACCUAUUUGUGACAAUAUUUAAAGUGAGUUUCUAGUAGACAGCAUAUAGCUGGGCCUUCCUUUUUUAUCUAGUUGACAAUCUGUCUUAUUCGGGUGUUUAGAUCAUUUAUAUUUAUUGUGAGAAUUAAUAUAGUUAGGUUUAAUGUAAUAACAUGCAAUAUGAUAUUUAUCCCAACUGUUCUUUUCUCCCCUUUUCCUUUUUU